GAAGCAACAAAACCGAAGCCCGAAGAGCUGAUGUAAAUACACCAAGUUCCGCUACUACUACUACUACCGAUACUCUUAAUCCCUGAAGGCUUGAAAAUUAAAAAUAUCUGAACUUCAGAUCGUUGAACGGGCCAACCAAGAAGCAUGGAUAUAACUGAUACUGAAGAUUACUCGGAUGCAGAAAGUGGAGCUGGGGAUGUCAGAAACCGAUCACUUAGCAUGUCAGAGAGUCAUGGCUCUGAUUUUUCUGACGUAGAUAACACAGACUCGCGAGAUAUCAGUGACUCUCAAACAACUCCAAUUGCAAGUGACCCUCUUGCUCAGCUGUUGGCAACACCAGAACAUGGAGGUACAACACCAAAUUCAGGACGAGAUAGCACAACACCAGGGAGAGACAAUUCAACGCCAGGGCAGGAUAGCACACCAGGGCAUGAAUUGACUCCAGGAAGGGAACCAGAUGAUGUUGAUGUUGGUGACAGUGGGGACAUUCUGUUGCCCAAGCCUGCAACUCCACAGCCACCUGGAAAUAAAUUGGAUCGCAGACGUGAAGGCAAGACUAAAAGAGAACAGGAAGAGGAGGAGAGAGAGCGCAUGCAAGUUCUUGUGUCUAAUUUUACUGAGGAUCAGUUAGAUCGCUAUGAAAUGUACCGGAGAUCAGCAUUCCCCAAGGCAGCAAUCAAAAGAGUUAUGCAAACAAUCACUGGCUGCUCAGUAUCACAAAAUGUUGUCAUUGCCAUGUCAGGAAUUGCCAAAGUUUUUGUUGGGGAAGUUGUAGAGGAAGCUUUAGAUGUCAUGGAGGCAGAAGGUGAAACGGGACCCUUACAACCCAAACAUUUACGUGAGGCAGUUCGACGUGUACGCAGACGGCCUGGACAACACAUACCAACUAUGAAACAACGUAGACCUCUGUUUAGAAUUUGAUCAUACGUACGGUGGACUGAACCCAGCAUAAAUGCAGAGGGUCAAGUUUCUGAGUAAGUGAGCAAGCAACUCAUAAAAAACGCAAAGCUGCAACACCAAGUAGAGUUCGACAAUGAAAUGGUCUCUGGUUCCCAGCAUCCAUAUAGUAGGCAAGGUGUGUUAAGAUUCCUUAGGCAAAAUAACAAGGUUGUCAAAGAAGAAAACUUGGAAAGUAUGCAUGCCAAUUUUGGGAAUAGAGCUUUGGAACAGGGAGAUGGUGAAAGUGUUACAAGUUCAUAUAUUGUAUACAAGAGGAUUAGAUACAAAAAGCAGAAAAAACUAUUGGAAGUAACAUGGAGAAAUGCUAAAUUAUUAAUGUAUAACAUGAAAAAGUUA